AUGGCUCGCCACAGCAUUCAGUUGGAUAAGGGCUGGACCUUUCGGCAGCAUCAAGGCUCCUCACCAGAAUGGCUGCCGGUGGAAAAGGUGCCAACGCAGGUUCACAUGGAUCUGCUGGCCAACAAACAAAUCCCAGACCCCUUUGUGGACCUGAAUGAGCGCGCUGUCCAGUGGAUCGGCUACAAGGACUGGGAGUAUCAAGUGACAUUUACUCCCGAAGCCGCUCAAGUCGAAGAUGCUACGAGAGACCUGGUCUUCAACGGUCUUGAUACUUUUGCCACCGUCUACCUCAACGAGGCCAAGAUCCUCGAAGCGGAAAACAUGUUCGUGUCCUACCGCGUCAAUGUCACAGACCGCAUCAAAGCCAGCUCCGAGAACACGCUCCGCAUCGUCUUCCACUCCGCCAUCGUUAGAGGCGAGGAGCUCAUCAAGGAACAUCCCGAACACAACUUCCUCGUCAGACAGACGGAGAGGAGCCGCGUACCUGUGCGAAAAGCCCAGUACAACUGGGGCUGGGACUGGGGCCCUAUUCUCAUGACGGCAGGGCCCUGGAAGCCCGUCGCGCUCGAGACGUAUGUUGCGAGGAUUGACGAUGUCUGGGCCCAGAGCGAUGUCAGCCAGGAUUUGAAGACUGUUUCUGGUAUCAUCUUUGCUCGUGUAGCUGGGAGGCCGAGCCAGGACGACCAAGUUUCUCUGACCCUGUCGUUGGAUGGCAAGGCUGUGUUCCAGCAGACCGUCGAUGUUGCCUCGGCCAAAGAUGGACUGAUCAAAGUCCCGUUCAAGCUCGAAGACCCCAAGCUUUGGUAUCCAAGAGGAUAUGGUAGCCAGCCUCGUUACCAACUCAACGCCGAUCUCGCCCGCAAGGCAUCUGACGCUAGCCAGAUCGACAGCCUGUCCAAGCUGGUUGGUUUCCGCCGCGCCGAGCUCGUCCAGGAGCCGGAUGCAUUCGGCAAGUCGUUCUACUUCCGCAUCAACAAUGUCGACGUCUUUGCCGGUGGAUCAUGCUGGAUCCCUGCCGACAGCUACCUCGCCGGCGUGCCCCCGGAGCGUUAUCACGCAUGGGCCAAACUCAUUGCGGACGGCAACCAAGUCAUGCUGCGCGUCUGGGGAGGCGGCGUCUACGAAGAGGAUGCCCUCAUUGAAGCCUGCGACGAGCUGGGCAUCUUGGUGUUCCACGACUUUCAGUUUGCUUGCGCAUCUUAUCCCGCCUACCCAUCCUAUCUUGAAAAUCUGGAAGUGGAAGCUCGACAACAAAUUCGACGUCUGCGCACGCAUCCCUCUGUGAUCAUUUGGGCCGGUAACAAUGAGGACUAUCAGGUCCAGGAGAGAUAUAAACUAGAUUAUGAAUUUGAGAACAAGGAUCCAGAGUCAUGGCUCAAGUCGUCGUUUCCGGCGCGGUAUAUAUACGAGCAUUUCCUGCCGAAGCUGGUCGAGGAAGAAGAUCCAGGCAAAAUCUAUCACCCGAGCAGUCCUUGGGGGGACGGAAAGCCCACGGCAGAUCCAACGGUUGGCGAUAUCCAUCAGUGGAACAUCUGGCAUGGGACCAUGAACAAGUACCAAGAGGCCGUCAACAUGGGCGGCCGCUUCGUCAGCGAGUUCGGCAUGGAAGCAUACCCCCAUCUCAGCACCACGCGCCGCAUGGCCAGCGACCCAGCCCAGCUGUACCCGGGCUCGAUGGUGCUCGACGCGCACAACAAGGCCAUCGGCCACGAGCGCCGCAUGAUGAGCUACGUCGUCGACAACUUCCGCCCGCGGCACGACCUCGGCGGGUACACCCACCUGACGCAGGUCGUGCAGUCGGAGACGAUGCGCGCCGCGUACAAGGCCUGGCGGCGGCAGUGGGGGAAGCCCGGGGCCAGGCGGUGCGGCGGCGCGCUGGUGUGGCAGCUCAACGACUGCUGGCCGACCAUGUCGUGGGCCGUGGUGGACUACCGUCUCGUCAAGAAGCCGGCGUACUACGCCAUCGCGCGGGCCCUGCGCCGCGUCGACGUGGGCGUCUGCCGGACGUGGCACGACUGGACGCAGACGGGGGCCUGGGUCGAUGAGAACUCGGGCCUCGUCACCGGCCAGGUCGACCACACGCUUGCCGCUCGCGAGGGAACCUUUGACGUCUGGGUCGUCAGCAGCGACACCCAGCCCGUCGCGCUGGACCUCGUCGUGCGCUUCAUCUCCGUCCGCACAGGCAGGGACGUCGUCGAUCCGAUACUACACUCCCGCGUCGUCGCCGCCGCAAACUCCGCGACGGACAUCCUCCAGGGCAAGACGCUCCCGCCAUCCAUCCCCAACCCGGAAGACAUCACCAAGCCCUUUCCCCUCGCCGAAUACGAUCCGUACGUGGUCCAUGCCACCAUCACGGACGCCGCGACUGGCACCGUCAUCGCUGCGGACACGGCUUGGCCCGAGCCCAUCAAGUACCUCGACCUGUCUGACCGCGGUAUCGCGUUUGAGGUUUCGUCCGCUGGGGAUGAAGUCGUCGUUUCGGCGGAGAAGCCCGUCAAGGGGUUCGUCUUCGAGGAGGUGGAGGGUCUGGAGCUGAGUGACAACGGGUUCGAUGUUGUGCCGGGGGAGAAGCAGCUUGUCAAGGUUGGGGGUGCUUUGAAAGCGGGUGAGUUGCUGUGGACCUGCAUUGGGGCAGACAGUGCGUCGUUGAAGAUUGAAGCGUCUUCUUCUUUGGCUCCUCGAUAG